CCGGGCCACCAUGUCGGGCCCUGAGGCGGCGGCGGCCAGGACGGGCCUGGAAGGGGCCGGGAAGGGCCCGAGAGCGGAGCCCUUGGGGCACCUGGAGCUGCUGGAGCACUGCGGGCGCUGCCGGGAGCGCCUGAGCCCUCAGCGGGACCCGCGGCUCCUGCCCUGCUUGCACUCGGUGUGCGGGACCUGCCUCGGCGGAGAUGGAGCGGUGUUCGAGUGCCCCGUGUGCCGCUACCAGUGUCCCCUGGGGGACAUCCUGGACAACUUCUUCCUGCAGGACAGUGGGGCUGGAGCCACCGCAGGGCCUGAGCCCCGCCAGAGCUGCAGCAGCUGCGAGGACAACGCGGCGGCCACGAGGUUCUGCGAUGACUGCGCCGAGCCCCUGUGUGACACCUGCGUGCAGGCCCAUCUCAGGGUCAGGUACACCCGGGGCCACUCCGUCCGGGACAUCGGCUCAGCCCCGCCCCGUUCCGGUGCCGAUCCCGCUCUGGGGCCGUGCCCAGAGCACCCGGAGGAGCCCCGGGAUCGGUUCUGUUCCACCUGUUCCACCCUCAUGUGCCACCUGUGCCAGCUCAGCACCCACCAGGGCCACCGUUCCCAGAGCGUCCCCGAGGCGGCCGGUGAGCAGCAGUCGCUGCUGCUGGACGUGUCCCGCUGCCUCAGCUCCAAACUGUCCUCGCUGCGGGACUGCCAGCGGCACCUGCGCGGCCUGCAGCGCCAGGGCUCGGAGGCGCAGCAGCGGCUGCAGGUGGAGGUGAAAAUGGCCAUCCUGCAGGUCAUGAGGGAGCUCAACAAGCGCGGCAAGGUCCUGCUCGGGGAGGCCCAGGUGACGGAGGCGUGGCAGGAGGAGCUGGAGCGGCGGCUCCGGGCGCUGUCGGAGCUGCAGAAGCACCACGAGCUCGUCAUGUGCUUCGUGUCCCGGGCCAUGGGCACCUCCCGGGGCACUGCCCUGCUGCUCUCCCACAGACUGAUCCAUUCCCAGAUCCAGCGGAGCCUCCGUGUCCCGGUGGAGCGUGAGGAGCCCCCGGGGGAGCUGAAAUUCCAGUGGGAUCUUCCCGCCUGGACCAAGAGCGCCGAGAACUUCGGCACCAUCAUCUCGGAGUGGCCCCUGCCCCGCCCCGGGAGCCCCCCCCCUGCCAUGAGGCCCCGAGAUCCCCCCCCGCCCCCACAGGUGGUGAGCAAUGGGCAGGUGACCCCUAGGCUGCUCUUUCAGCCCCCCCAGAACAGGGCUGGAGGGGGGGCACAGGAGGCCCCCUGGGGGUCCCCCCCAAUUGGGCGGGAGGCUCUGGGCCCCCCCCUCCCACCUCAGUUUCCCUCUGGGAUCGAGGGCUUGGAAUGUCCUGACUUGUCCCCCCCACACCUGGAGCCGCCGCCGGAGACCCCCAAGCUGGCAGCCGCCGGGCCCCCCGAAAACAGCGUCACAGGAGGGGACAGGAGGAAACCUGGGAAUUCCCCCCGGGAGGAGAAGUUCGUUAAGAAGCUGCUCAUUAAACGGAGGCGUCCCCGAGGGUGCCAGGGCCCCCCCCCACGCCCCCUCAAGGUGCCACGGGUGUCCCUGGAGCGGCUGGAGCUGGGCCUGGCGCUGGACCCGGCCCUGCCCCUGCCCGCCUUCCGCGUCCUGCCGGGGCCCUCGGCCGGGCAGUUCAGCGUCAUCGUCAUCGAGCAGGGGGGGACAGCGCAGGGGACAGCCCAGGGGACAGCCCAGGGGACACCCCCAGGGACAGCCCAGGGGACAGCCCAGGGGACACCCCCAGGGACAGCCCAGGGGACAGCCCAGGGGACACCCCAGGGGACAGCCCAGGGGACAGCGCAGGGGACACCCCAGGGGACAGCGCAGGGCACGCGGCCACAGGGACACAUCCCCAUCAAGGAGGAGCCUCAGGAAUUGGCCAUCGGGGACCCCGGGGACACCAAGCCCGUGGGGCUGCUGCCCCCUCCCGCCGUGGGGGGUGUCCCCGGGGGUGUCCCCACGGAGGGUGUCCCCACGGAGGGUGUCCCCACGGAGGGUGUCCCCGUGGGGUGGAGCUGCCGGGUGUGCGGCCGCGCGGGGGCCGUGGUGAUGUGUGACCGGUGCCAGCGCUGCUUCCACCUGCACUGCCACCUGCCCGCCCUGCUCGACGUGCCCAGCUCCGACUGGACGUGUUCGCUGUGCCAGGAGCUCCCCCCGCCCUCCGAGGCCCCCUCGGGCCAGGGAACCCCCGCCCGGCUGAGCCCCCUGGACCAGCAGAGGUGUGAGCUGGUGCUGCUGGAGCUGCUGUGCCACGAGCCCUGCAGGGCCCUGCAGCGCCCGCGCGGCCUCGCGGAGGGGGGUCCCGCCCUGGACCUGACCCUGAUGAGGGCGAAGCUGCAGGAGAAGCUGAGCCCCCCCUACAGGACCCCCGAGGAGUUUGCCAGGGAUGCCUGGAGGGUCCUGGGACAGCUCCAGGGGACCACCGAGGACAAGGUGGGGCUGCAGUCCCUGCUGAGCGUCCAGAGGUUCCUUGAGACCCGCCUGAGCCGUGUCUUCGGGGACAGGAAAUUCUGGGACCACCCAGGGACCUCUCUGCAGCCUGAGCCCCCUCCCCAGGGGGGCUGGGACCACCCGGGGUCACCCCUGGCAUCCUGGGACCCCAAUUCUGCUGCUCCAGGGUCCUGAUCCCCCUCCCCGGGGUCCUGAAACCCUCCCUGGAACCCCAAUCCCCCUCCCCGGGGUCGUGAUCCCCCUCCCAAGGGUCCUCAAAUUCCCCCUGGGACCCCAGUUUGUUCUCUCUGGGACCCCAAUCCCCCCUCUCAGGACCCCAAUCCUCCUCACCAGGGUCCUGGUCCCCCCUCCAGGACCCCAGUUCUGCUCCUUGGACCUAUAAAACCGCUCCUGGUCCUUCUUCACUGUGGGUCAGGAUUUGCCCGGCUGUGACCCGUGGGAGGCCCGGGAUGGAGCGGGGUCCUGGCAGGGACCUGCAGGCCGUGGAGAGGGAAGCCCAGGCUGGAGCAGGUUUUUCCCGGGUAGGACUUGC